AUGAACGCAGCGCGGCAGGCGUGUCGCCCCAAGCACCAGGUCCUGGUCCUAAAAUGCUACCCCAAGGUGCAGAAGAGCGAUGCCGAGGCCAAGGCCAAUUCGAGCGAGUUGAGCUACCUGCUCUUCUACGCCAGCACGCGCCGCAGUAAGCUGCAAAAGGUCGUCGACUUUCUGGACAAGAGGGCGACCAAGGAUGUGUGGAAGGUCCGGACGGGCAAUGUGCAGGUCACCAUGCAGAUCAUCAAGGCGCUGAUUGAGAAGUGCCCGCGCGACCUCCCCCUCUAUGCCACCGCUGUCCUGCAUAUCCUGCGCACUAUCCUCAAUUCCAACGACGUUACUAUGGUCGAGGAGUCGGUGCCCACCUUCGAAGCCCUAUGCGCGCAUCAGGACCCCGCCGCCCUCGCAGCCGACCAGGACUACAUCAAGAAGUACGAGGAGAUUGUACAACUAUACGCCCAAUUCGCGUCCAAGGAGACAGUCAAGACGGGCAAGGCUCCAGUCAGCUGGCCCGUCGCGAUCAGAUACCGGAAGGCCGGGCUGCAGGCGCUGAAGGCCAUUGCCUCGUCUGAGUCACUGGGGUCUGAGACCGGGCGCCAACUGGGCGCUGUCAUACCAGUCAUACUCCUCAACAUACACUCGGAGAGCGGCGCGUAUCUCAAGCGGUUGGAGACGCGGGAAGCCACCAAGGGCGAACAUGAGAAGGAGCUGGCAUUGCGACGGCGGCAGAGUGUGUCCACCGCGCGGACCGACGACGACGACGGCGACCCGAUUGCGGCAUCCGGUACAACGGAGGAUGCGGAUAAGCUUGCGGAAGAGGAGGUGGGAGUACUCGCGCUCCAGGCUCUGAGGAGCAUAUUCCAGGGUGUGAACAGAGGACAGCUCCGGCUCGCGACGUCCGCUGUGCUCAAGUUCAUCGGAUCACAUGUCAAGAGCCUGCAAGAAGCUGCACCGAACGAAAGCAGCCAUUGGGCCACUACACUCAUGGCCAUGAUCUGCGCAUGGGUCCCCGUACAAGACCGAUACACAAUCCUAGUAGGCGCAGUGGAAGCCCUGGUCCGCAGUCCAAUCGUGGAAGACGACCUCGAACGGCAGCUGACUCUGGCGACGAUCAUCGACUACCUUCUAGCCUCUACGAUCAACUUCAUCGGACUGAGCGUCAUGGAUGUUCUGGUCGGACUUAUUUCUCACUCGUUGCUACUCCUCCAACUCGGCGGACCGGGAUCAAAUAUCGUACCGCAUCAUCAGCAGACAACAUCGGUCGUAUCGGAGAAGGAGGGUAGCAAUGAAUCGUCGACGGCCAAUCUGGAUAGUGUCGUUAUGGAAGUCGUCAAGAAGCCUUCUGAUGCGAGGAUGCAGCUUCUGGAUACAGUGCAGAGAUGCAUGGCGGAUCUCGCGACGCACGUAUACUACACUGAUCAGAUAUCCGAUAUGGUGGAAGCGAUACUAAGCCGACUCAAGCCAUCGCGUCUCUCGAGCGUUUCCUCCACCACCGAAGCGAUACAGAACCCCGAAGGUGCGAUAGAUGCUGUUGCCGAUUCCAUCAGUAUGCAGGAGAAGACUCACGUGGAUCGAUUCUUCUCCUUCGAAACGGCACGCAUUACGGCUCUCGAUGCUGUCAAGGCCAUCAUCAAGACGGCGAACACCCGAAGACCAGAUGGUUCAUCGGCUUCUGUGUCGCGGAGCAAAGUUGGCGUGAGUGUUUGGGAAGGCACACAGUGGCUCCUGCGCGACCCGAGUGGUCAAGUCAGGAAAGCAUACGUCGAUGCGCUGAUCACUUGGCUGAACACGGAAAAGGACAAGGAAGAUUUGAAGAUUGUGGACAACUACAGGCGGAAGGAGAAGGAAAAUGAAAAGAAUGCGCUGGCUAGACGUGCGGUCUCGAAUGCUUCCAACAGGGAGAGGGUGUCGAAACGUGGUAGGGACACGUUUUUGCCAUUGCUCCAUCUGGCGGUAUACGAGAAUGCGCUCCACUAUGUCGACUCUGAGGCGGACUACCUGCUCCUCCAUUUACUGCUCACUACUCUGGUGAACAGACUCGGAGUGAACGCAGCGAGGAGCGGAUUGCCAAUGAUCAUGCGGCUGCAAGAGGACAUUGUCACCAUCGAAGAUCCCGGUGCUAAGCUGCGCCUGGGAAGCUUGGUACACGGAUACCUCUGGGCACUCAGCAUGACCUUGGACUUUGAGGUUUCUUCUGUCGGUCGCGCCCUCCACAACGAGAUCACGCGCAGAAGCAGCAAGGGUCUUUGGAUGAAGAGCAUACGCGUCCCGCCAAUGCCGAUCGAGCUGAUAGAAACACCUCACCCCACACCUGUCGCUAUUCCGUCAGAGAUUGUGGAGAACGAAGCGCUCAAACCCUUUGACAACCGCGAGGCAUUGGUCGAGAAGAUAUCGGAAGGUUAUUCGACUUCCCUAUACUCGCCACCUUCAUCGCCGCCGGGAUCACCUGGCCGUACGGUGUCUGCAUCUAUUCCUACCAUUCAUCAACCGACACAGCCUGUGAGCCAGCAGAGCGCGCCUGAACUUUCGUUCAAGGUCCGAGAAGAUCUUUUGGCGAACUGGAGUCGCGAAGACUGCCUAUCUUCCCACACGAAAGAUUCAUCAUCUGCUUCAAUCUCUGGUUCCAAGACAGGCACACACUACACUGCCGCUACGCAGAAGAACAACUUCCUCGGUGUCAACAUCCCCAACGGCAACCUCGAUAGCAAUGGUAGCUCGCCAGCCCAAAGCCCAAGGCGCGCACACAGCAGACCCCCAUCCGCUGCAUACGGUCUGGUAGGCCGUCUCUCCUCGCCAAACCGAAGCCGCAGUCCAGGCGACACACCAAACAGCUCCUCCUCUCUGCGUUCCACAGUCCGCGUCGACGAUCUCCGCCGCGCACUCUCCACAUCCGGUGGCGGCGCCCCUCGAACAGGCUACUCGCACCGCGCCCCCUCCCACCGACACCGCAAAUCUUCUUCCGACCACGCAUCUUCAGCGAGUGACUCGCUCGUUAGUGUGCAUUCCCUUUCGGAUGCUUCUUUCAUAACAACACACCCACCCACCGACUCUCAACAAGGACAAAAUCCUGAUUCUCCUACUACACCCGCUGCGACGCUUACGCCCCGCCCGGAAGGAACGACGGGAAUGAACUUCGGCACGAAUAACGGUAAUAAUGCCGGGGGUGGAGCGACUGCGGGGCAAAGUUCUUACACAAUGACAAACCUCCCCCCUGUCCCUCCCAUCCCAGAAGAACUGCGCUCUUCACCAAACGGCCAUGGUCAAAGCGAUACCCGCGAUUUCGCGACGAGACCCAAGACGGCGCCGAAUGGAAGUAAGGCUGGGCGUAGUAGGAGUGUCAAGAGUGGGGUUAGUAGGGGAAGGAGUGGUGAGAGAACGGCGAGAAGGGGUACUGGAGGUGCGGGAAGUAAACCGGAUUUUACCGGCUUUUUGGAUAGCAUUGGGGUUGAGGAUGGGGAUGAGGAUGAGAAUGGGAGUUUGGGGGGCAGUGUGGUGGAGAGUGUGGGGACGGGGGGUGGGGUGGGGAGGGCGCCUUAUUAG